AUGGCCUCUGACCAGAAGCCCUUGAACGGAUUCCAAACGCCUCCCAGCAACAAGACUGAGAACUGUCCUCAAGGCGCCGUCGAUUCCCAAGCCAAUCCCGCGAUGUCUUCCACCAGCGCGACCCCUCCCCCAAAUUCGCUGGCCCCUCAUGUUCAAGUGUCUUUUGGGUCCCCUUCUACCAUCACCAGCCCAGCCCCGUUCAAUCGCGCCGUCUCUGUUCCCAGAGGUACCCCAAAAUCCUUUUCCUCCCAAUUAAAUGCAGUGUCUUGGUCCACUCAGGACAUCGCCGACAACAUCUAUGCCACCCUCGAGGUCCAACCCGAGGUCGUCUCCAGGCUCGACGUCCUCCAGCAUCUGGGAGUCAACAUCCACCACCCUCACAUUGCUCGUCCUGGCGGCCUGGGUAGCCUGCUUGGAAUCUGGAAUGAGCUGGCUGGAUACUCCAACAAGCAAAUUCGGGAUUUGAAGAACAAGAAUGCCAGUCUGAAUCAUGAGAUCAGCAACUUGAAGAGAAAGAUUGCCGACCUCGAAGCUAGUGACACAAAGCCCGAUCAAGAGAUGGCCGGUACCGAAAAGAAAGAAACCGCCAAAGAGCCCACCCGAUUUGAUGGCUCCGAGCCUAACAAGUAUGUUCGGUAUUUCAACUUUAUGCUCUGGAAACGCGACAUCACCCGCGCCUGGAGCGACAAGCCAGACACCUUCAAAACGGAGAAGGUCAAGAUCUGCUACAUCUUGUUUUUCCUUGACGGCGAUGCUUUUUGGGAUAUUGCUGAUGCUGUCGAGGCGAUUGUGAACAGCGAUCAGAGCAGCGAUGCUUGGGAGUUCAAGACGGGCGAGGAGCUGCUCGAUCACCUCACAGAGAAAUAUGGGAAGCGAGAGUAG